AUGGCUGCCGACGGGUCGCCGCCGAAGGGGCCUACCCCGCCCGGGGCGCUGCGCGUGAACACGGACGCCCCGACCGUGGAGGAGGACGUCCUAGACGCGCGACUCUUGCGCGUUGUCGCGGUCACGUGGAACAUGAACAACCGACGCUUCCCCGAAGACGUGACGCCGAUGCUCGCGCCGUUGUUCGACGGUCGGACGACGCCCGGGGACGCCGAGUCCGCGUGCGACGUCUUCGUCGUCGGCGUGCAGGAAGCUCCGGGGAAGAAGGAGAUGGAAGGCUUCUCCGACGCCGUCGUGCACGCCCUGGGCGGGUUCUCGAAGUUCGCGCACCUCGACGCGGUCACGUUGGACCCGGGAGGUUGGAUACAACUGCAUCUGUUCAUGAGGAAGAAGCUCGUGAAGUACGUCUCCGAUUUCAAGGUCGACGCGGUAUCGUGUGGGAUCGGAAAGGUGUACGGUAACAAAGGCGCGGUCGGGGUCUCGUUCUCGUACGCGGGCGCGUCGAUGUGCUUCUUAAACGCGCACCUCGCCGCGCACCUGGAAAAAGUCAAACAGAGAAACGCGGACUACCACCGGAUCGUGAAGACGAUGUUCGCCCCGAAAGGGCGCAAGUCCAGGGCGUUGUACGACAAAGAGAACGCGCAAGUCGCUCGAGAGACCGCCGACGCGGACGGGUGGGGAGGCGCGGACGACCUCACGAGCGAGCGGAUAUACCCGACGGCGCCGUCGCAGCCCGGGACGCCGAUCGACCCGACGCGUCCGACGCCGGCGACGCCGAAGAUGUUCGGAGGACUGUUCAAGAAGAAAGGUUGGUCCGCCGCGGACGGGUUCGACUUGUGCGUGUUCAUGGGGGACUUAAACUACCGCGUAGAGGGGAACAGGACCGCGGUGGACAAAGUCAUGGAGCUCGGGAUGUGGGAAGUGAUGCACGCGAACGAUCAGCUCGCGGUGGAGAGAAACGCGGGGAGAGCGUUCGCGGGGUGGUGUGAGGCCGAGCUGACGUUUCCGCCGACGUACAAGCUGAACCGUGGGUCUGCCACGGAGUACGACACGUCCGCGAAACAGCGCAUACCGUCGUGGACGGACCGCAUCAUGUGGAUCUCGUCGGCUCGGGGACGCUUGUCGUGCCCACACGGCGCGGACGUGUACGCGUCCGUCCCGGGGGUGCGGACGUCCGAUCACCUCCCGGUCCUCGCUCGCAUAGAGGUCGCGAUCGGGGAGUAG